UGACAGGCAUCUCUGCAGGCAGGCUGAGCCCACCUUGGCUUGCUCGCAGCCAUUGGCUGCCCCUCGGAAUAAAUUGAGGACAAUGCAUUCCGCCGCCCGCCAACUGUAAACAUAAGGGAUAUGUAUUCACUUAGCACUGACUUUUGGGAGGGGCCAAGGAAAAGCUGCACUUUUAUUGAAUAGGGCUGUGUGUGUGUGUGUGUGAGGCUGCUGCUGUGCCUCUCUCGCUGCGCUCCUGCCCAAGCAGCCAGUUAUUCAUUUCCUUCCUACCAGAGCUGAGAACUUUGCAGCCAGAGUGCCUGUGAUAACCAUUGGCCUACUCAAAGAAUCCCUUGGGAGCUGAAGAGGCAGCAUCUUCCAGGCUCAGGGGCAUCAUAUCUGAGUUCACCUCAUUUUUCUGGAGUCGUUGUUUUGAUUCAUCAAGCAGCUGGUUUGUUACUGAAAAGCUCAGAAUAUUUCCUCUGAUUGCCUUCCUAUUUGGAUCUUCCCAGAGUUUGGAACGCUUAAACACCCACCAUGGAUGACUUUGAACGCCGCAGAGAGCUCAGGAGGCAAAAGCGUGAGGAAAUGCGCCUGGAAGCAGAGAGGCUGUCCUACCAGAGGAACGAUGAUGAUGAUGAGGAGGCUGCCAGGGAACGGCGCCGGCGGGCUCGGCAGGAGAGGCUGAGGCAAAAGGAGGAAGGAGAUGUCUCAGGAGAAGCCACAGAGAAAUCUGAGGUCAAUGCCCAGAACAGCGUGGCAGGAGAGGAAAGCAAGCGCUCCUUGGACGAUGAAGCCGCGUUGCUGGAGAGGCUGGCGAGGCGGGAGGAGAGGCGCCAGAAACGCCUGCAGGAGGCCCUGGAACGGCAGAAGGAAUUGGACCCCACGAUCACAGACGGGAGCUUGUCAGCGCCCAGCAGGAGAGAAGUGAACAACGUGGAAGAAAACGCGACCACGGGGAAAGAGGAGACUGAAACAGUUACCAAAUCCUACCAGAGGAACAACUGGAGGCAAGAUGGGGAAGAAGAGGGGAAAAAAGAAGAAAAAGACAAGGAGGAGGAGAAACCAAAGGAGGAGGAAAAUCAGGUAGAUGUGACAGCAGAAAAACCCGCUGAUAAAGAAGAGGCAGUAACUGUAAAUGCAGAGGAACACAAAGCAGAGAAUGAUACAAAUGCUGUGCCAGAAGGGACACAAAGUGUAGCGGAUGAGGAAAAGGCCGAACAGGAAAGGAAGGAAGCAGAAGAAAGGGAGAGGUUAAAAGCAGAAGAAGAAAAGAGGGCAGCUGAGGAAAAACAGAGAGCAGAGGAAGAAAAGAGGGCAGCUGAGGAGAGGGCAAAGGCAGAGGAGGAGAGGAGGGCAGCUGAGGAAAGGGAGAGGGCUAAAGCUGAAGAGGAGAGGAGGGCAGCUGAGGAAAAACAGAAAGCAGAGGAGGAAAGGAGGGCAGCUGAGGAAAGGGCAAAGGCAGAAGAGGAAAAGAGGGCAGCUGAGGAAAAGGCUAAGCUAGAGGCAGAGAAAUUAAAGGAAAAACAAAAGAUGGAAGAACAGAAAAUAGAAGAAGAAAAACGUCAAGCAGCUGCCUUAAAAAAGCAGGAGGAAGAAAAAGUGGAAGCUAAAAAGGAAAAGCUGCCAGAAGAGAAGCCCCAAGCUACCUCCAUACAAGAUCAGGAUGACAAAGGUAAAGCCCCCAAAGAGGAAAUGAAAAGUGUCUGGGAUCGCAAGAAGGCGCAGAACGGGGAACAGGAGCCCCCUGCCUCCAAACUGAAACCCACUGAGAAUGCUUUUGGGCGCUCCGGCGCGAAGGGCGCCGCGGAGGAGGCGAAGCCGGGCGCGGAGGCCCUGAAGAGGUUGGAGGAUCAGCGGCGCCGCCGGGGCGAGAGCGAGAGCGAGGAGCUGGAGAAGCUGAAGGAGAAGCAGCAGGAGGCGGCGGCAGAGCUGGGCGAGCUGAAGAAAAAGCGGGAGGAGCGCCGGAAAGUCCUGGAGGAAGAGGAGCAGAAGAAGAAGCAAGAGGAGGCUGAGAGGAAAAUCAGAGAGGAGGAGGAAAAGAGGAGGAUGAAGGAAGAAAUCGAAAAAAGAAGGGCUGAAGCUGCUGAGAAACGCCAAAAGAUGCCAGAAGAUGGUGUGUCUGAAGACAAGAAGCCAUUUAAAUGUUUGAGUCCUAAAGGUUCAUCUCUCAAGAUAGAGGAGCGAACAGAAUUUUUGAACAAAUCUGCUCAAAAGAGUGGAAUGAAGCCCACCCAGACAACAGCAGUUGUCUCCAAGAUUGACAGUAGACUUGAGCAAUACACUAGUGCACUUGGGAGUGCAAAGACUUCACGACCUAAAGCCUCCGACCUGCACGUUCCAGCUGAGGGCGUCCGUAACAUCAAGAGCAUGUGGGAGAAAGGGAAUGUUUUCUCAUCACCUUCUGGGACAGGAACACCAAAUAAGGAAACUGCUGGGCUGAAGGUUGGUGUCUCGAGUCGUAUCAACGAGUGGUUGACCAAGACCCCAGAGGGCAACAAAUCCCCUGCUCCAAAACCUUCUGAUUUAAGACCAGGAGAUGUCUCUGGCAAACGUAAUCUCUGGGAGAAGCAGUCAGUGGAGAAGCCAGGUGCUGCUUCUAAGGUAUCAGCUACAGGGAAAAAAUCAGAGACUAAUGCAGGUGUGAGACAAGAACCCUAGAAGGCCACUAAAGACGCUGGACCAAUCAGUUUGGGGGAAAAAACAAAAAAAGGAAAAAGUGCUAAAUUGUUCUUUUUAUAUUUAUGUUUAUUUACCAAAAUGUCUCUUUUUUUUGCAUUAUCCCAGUUAAAACCAUGUAUAUUAGCACUGUAUUUAAUAAUCAGUCUAGACAUUCAUCAGAAUAGUACUGCCUUUGCACAAGAGCCUUUAUUCCUAAAGAAACCCAUGCUGUGAAAUAUAUAGACUCUCCUACUGAAAGGCAUAAAUAUGUAUCUGAACAGUGAUUUCAGCUGGCUUUAGAGGUCAACCCAAAACACAUGUAAAGUGAAGUUGCUUGGGAAAGGUGUGCAGUAAACCUAUGAAACCGAUGGUUACUUUUGUAAUACAGAAGUCUUUUUCUUUCUGCACUUUAGACUAAGGCAUGGAAGAAAUAUCUUUAGUUGACAAUGUAAUAUUUUCUGUAAGUUGCCCAUGUCAUGAGAAAUACUGCAUCAAUAACGUGUUUUAAUUUUUUUUUGUUUUAUACUUUUUUUUUAAGUAUCAAUUUUUCCAUUCUAGUUUAAGUUAAUACCUAAAUUUGGAUGAUUAUGUUAGCUGACAGCGGUACUGAUAUUUCUUUUUGUUGUUAGUGACUAGUAAUUGAAUGCAAUCUAGAAUAUAUAUACACACAUAGCUUUACAAAGUUUAGCCUGAAGGCACUACUAAUGGUAGAAUGCUUUAAUAUGUGCUAGAGUAUUAUAUUUAGCAAUAAACAUACAUAAUUAGCCAAUAUCACAGCUUAAAAAAAAUAAAGACAAAAUCACACACUUUUCUAUAGUAAGAUUUCAUAAUUGUUAUUAGAGGUAUGGUGAGAUAAGUAUUAAAAAAUUUAAAUGUCAGUUGCCCAGUAAUGGGUAAUUAAAAAGAAAGUAUAGUUUUUAAAAGAGGAAAAGGUAAGGGUAUAGAGGGUCAAAAAUAGGUCACUUGUAUAAAACGUUGUAGUUUAAUUUAUAUAAAACUACCAUAAUUAAAAAGAAAAAAUGUAAACAGAGUUGGAGCUUGUUUCAAAUGACUGUACACUAAAUCUUGCCAUCCAUCAGUGCCCUACACCAGGUCCAGAGAAAAUGAAGUAAACCUCAAUCUUUGUCAUGCUUCUUUUUUACCUCUCUCCCCUGAAUAUCCUAUUGACAGAUGUUUUCAUUUGUACAUAGCAAACACAUGGCUUUAGGACGUCAGCUUGGUUUGGAUUUACAUGCCCUACAGUUUAGCAUUUUCAUCCUACAGUGUAUGGGUGGCAUAAACUGAGCAACUCAGGCAGCCCCUGAGCACAUUGAUAACAGCUCUGUUGUGCACCAGAACCCCCAGGAGCUCCCUUAUCGCCACUUCCAUGUCUUACAGCACCUGGCUUCUUCCUCAAGAAGUGAAAAUUCCUAUUCCAACCCAAAGCUGGGCUCCCCUGCCUGGCUGAACCAUCUUGUUUACAUCUAGGGAUGCACAAAGUUAUCUGUAGGGGGUGAAACUGUGCCUGACAUUGUCUGUGGGUUGUCGUGGUUUUCGUUUGGGGGUUUUGUAAACACUCCUCUGAGUCUUUCAAAUGCAUCUGAUAGCUGCAAUAAAAACCAUUUGUUCAAACAAUGUAUUCUGAAACUGCAUCUGCAAUAAAUGGAAUAUUUCCAUCAGCA